AAGUUUUUGUAGGUGAAAUGUGCAUACACAGAGUGGCAGCACUGACUUGUUCUGAAUUCUUAUAAAAUGCCGCAACGACAUGUUUAGCCAAGAUUCGUCGCGAAGAUCGGAAUGUUUUGAUGAAAACUUUUCUUAAAUCAUAAGUAAUUUCUACGUGUUUGUUCUUUGGAACUACUUUAAUUGGUCACUACAAUGGAUACACAAGUUUCUGUGAGGAAUUUCCUCGUAGAGAUUAUGUCUCAACUGGUUUAUAACAUCGUCAACAAAGCAGAUAAUGUUGUAAACUAUUCCGAUUUAUAUCAUAGAUUUAAGCAAAAAACAGGCUUUGAAAUGGAAGAAUUUUUAGACCUCUAUGGCAAUGAUGUCAGUGAAGAUGAUUUGAUGGACGUUAUACGCGAUAUUCCUGGCUUAAAAUUUGAUGAGGAUGAUGACAUAUAUGUCGUAGACGAUGGAAGUUCUUCUUGUUCACAUAGCAAGAAAUUAUCGCAACAUCGGGGGAAAAUUUUGAUUAGCUGUGCGAAAUUAUUGAUUUAUAAAGACGAGACGGACGAUAUAAAUAAAUGUUUUGAUGAAUCGAGGAACACUGCUCUUCAUAUCCUAAUAACAUUGCCAGGAAUUAGUGAUGAUCGUAAUUUGCUCAAAAAUCUUUUCAACGCAGGGGUCAAUCCAUUUGCAGUUAAUGAAGAAGGUAAAACCUUUUUGCAUGUUCUUUUUGGUGAAUGCUACUAUAAAAGCAUUGGCCAUAUUUUCUAUAAUAUUCCCAAACGAGCGUACGCAAAAUUGUUUGACAAAGAUCGAGAAGCUGUACUUGAAUUGGUGACCGACAGAUUAUCCCCCGCCGAAGUUGCGUCUUUGUGUAAAAUGCCUGAUAAAGAGGGUAAUACGGUCUUACAUUAUUUUGCUUUAUCCACUUCCUUUGAGACUUUAUCAGCUAUUGAAUCGACGACUUGCCGUAUGUUGAUAGAACUUGACGAAAAGCAAUGUUUAAGGAUUCCAAACACACUCGGGAAUGUUCCCCUUCAUUACACAUUCAAUCCAAGCAUAUUUAGUAUUUUUGCAGAGACACAGAAUGCAAACUAUAUAGCAAGAAAUGAUAAUGGCGAAACUCCAGUAUUUUACAUUCUGAAAACAUCAGUUUCCCUUGCGUUUGCCCAAACGGUUGGAUUUAGUGAAUUAAAACUUGAAGGACUCGUUGGGGACUCAUACACACGCGAUAUUACUACAGCAAACAAGCUGUUACAAAACCUGAAAAAUAUAAUCACCGUUAACAACGAAGCCAUGAAAACUGUCUGGAGUCCCGAUAACGAAGAUAACGUUGCCAUUGAUAUAAUAUUGAUUGCCAUCCGAAUAGCAUCAUAUUGUAUGACAUCAAACAUGUCAAAUGUUUACGUGACUUUGACCGACAUACUGCACGUUAUUCUGUCCAAAGCAAGUAAAAAAGAUCUUCAAAGAAAAAACAAUCGUGGACAUAGUUUCUUUCAUCUUCUCCUAGACAUCAAAAAGAAUGUUAUCAAGGAAAAUUACAUUAUUCAGGCGAUUGAUAUUCUGCGAAAGUACAACGUCGAUUAUGAUGGGGAUGGAUGUACUGUAAAAGAUAAAAUCAACGGGUUUAAAGAAACAUCGCCAACACUUUACAAAAAGUGUGUUGAGCUAUUAUUCUCGAAGAUCGAUGCUUCAAAUGACAACAACGACUCACCUUUAGCCGAAUGGCGAAAGUUACGAUCAUGUCCACCACGUCAUACUCACAGUGCUAACCGUUUGAUGAAUGAAAACGGUCCAACGAUAACCGUUGUCGGCAAGUUUCGUUAUUUUCUUGAAGAGCCCAUUGGAUUCGGAGCAUUCAGCAGCAUAUAUGUUGCAAUCAAAGACGAGCAGUUCAACGAAGAAUCCGGUACCAUGCAAUGUCGACCGUUCGCUUUAAAACGAAUCGAUAAGGCAAAGAUUAAUCCUGAAGAAAUCAAACGCGAAACGACUGCAUUGAUUUCUUUGUCUGGCAAAUGUGAGAAUAUCAUCAGGUAUCACGAUUCUCUGGAAGAUACAUUUUUUCAGUAUCUUGUCCUUGAUUUAAUGGAUGGUGAUCUAAAUGAAUUUGUUGGCAACAGAGAAGCUAGUGUUGUUCUAGGAAACGGUGUGGAAGCUGUGAAGCAGAUUAUCAAUGGAUUGGCCUUCUUGCAUGAAAAUGGUUACAUCCAUCGGGAUCUCAAACCUGGAAACAUUCUGUAUACAAGAUAUCCUCGCCUGGAUUUCAAGAUUUCGGACUUUGGACUUGCUAAGAAUAUCUCGGCAUCAUCCACCAUGAUGUCGACUCGCGGAAAUCCGUUUUCUACGGCAGCUGGUAGUCGAUGCUGGAUGGCACCCGAAUUAGUCAGCAUGAAGUCAUCAGAACACACCAAACAAUCAGAUAUCUUUUCUUUGGGUUUGAUUCUUCAUUAUCUGAUGUCAUUUGGGAAACAUCCUUUUGCUACUCCAGGUGACGAACGUCCUCACGUUGUUGAAAGGAACAUCGAAGAGAUGAACGGCAACCUUAAAAAUGAUCUUCAUCCCGAAGCGAAAAGUUUUCUUCUUACAUUGUUGAAUGUAGAACCAUCGAAUAGACCAACUGCUGCGCACCUCAAUAAACAUUCUUAUCCUUUCCUUUGGAGUGUCCAUAAGAAAAUUGAAUUUCUAAAAGCGGUUGGCGAUCAAAACGAAGCGCGUAACCCUGCAAAAUAUCCUAACUCCGAACUGGAAGAACUUUUGGAGAAAACUCAAACUUGUGAAUUUAUACCCUGGGACGAAGAAAUUAAAGAUUUAUACGAGGAAAUGACUGAAGCAUGGUCACAAAAGAAGUAUAGGGAAGAUAAAGUGAUCGACUUAGUGCGAUUCAUUCGCAAUGCUUACGCACACAGAGAGGAGAGAUCAGUUGAUUUACAAGAACAGUUGGAAAACAGUGUUUUUCUAUUUAAGUUUCCCCCCCUUGUUGUCGAUGUAUUUGAUGUUGUGCAACAAGCAGGACUUCAUUCCAGGAGUGCUAUAAAAGUAGCUUUAGAAUCAUGACGGUUCGUCUUUAGAGGAAAAAUGUCAUUUCAUCCUUGCACACCUGAACAACGGAUGGAUUACUAUUUAUGAAAUUAACUUUUUAGAAUUAAAGUUUAGUGACAUAUGUUUUACUUUUUUGACAGCAAUAAUAGUUUAUUACCCAGUGUAGAUCAUUCGAGCUCUCUUAUAUUAUCGGCACAUAUAUGAAACUUAGCCUGUGAUGAUGCAUUACAUGAUGCAUUAUAUGAUGCAUUACAAUUCACAUAUACAUUGUGAAUUGUAAUGCAUCAUAUAAAAUUUCCCCGUUGCAUCUUGGUCAAAUCAUGGACAAUAUAUGAAAUGCAUUUGCACUGUUAAUUUCAAACAGGCUUAUGAACACAGGACCGUAGUGCCUAUUGAGUAUCUUGUAUCAAAUUGUUACAAUUUCAUUAUAAGCACGUUUCUAGCA